AAUUGUCUUAGACGCACACACGUUUCACGCUUGUGGUAUACUGGUAUCCGUGUUCUUCUCUCCAUCCCAAAAUUUCGGCGGUGCUCGUGCGCCAUCUUCUCCGAACAAUCACCACUUUACCUAACUCCCAACCCAAAAUUUUGGUUUCGCCACCUCACUUUCCCAAUUUUAAGAGACAAGCCCUAAUCAUUGGAGCGGGAAAGCCACGAUUCUGAAAAUGCAGGUCUCGGGUGCCAUCAGCGACGUUUUGGUGGUGCUUCCUCCUUCGGCAUCUUUCAGGCAACCAGAAUUUCGCCAUUUGCAUGCUUUUGCCGUUUCUGACACCAAGGGUUUUCUUUCUGGUGGAUUUCUUAAAAGCUGUCCUCCAUCUUACAGUCCCAAGCACUACAAUGAACUCUACAAUUUCCGAGCUAGAGGCUUAGUUGCAAGAGCAUCAGCAGAUUCAAGGGAUAAUUUGGUGCCUUUUGCUCCUCUUCAAUUUGAGUCACCAGUUGGUCAGCUUUUGGAACAAAUUUCAAAUACCCAUCCUCAUCUACUGCCAGCAGCCAUUGAUCAGCAACUAGAGAAUCUUCAGACCGCUAAAGAUGCCAAUACAGAAUCUUCUACUUCAUCUCCUGAUUCCCUUUACAGGAGGAUAGCUGAAGUCAAAGAGAAAGAGAAGCGUACAACAUUGGAAGAAAUAUUGUAUUGCUCAGUUGUACAUAAAUUUUUAGAAAACAACAUUUCAAUGAUCCCAAAAAUAUCAGCAACAUCAGAUCCUACUGGUCGAGUGGAUUUAUGGCCAAAUCAAGAGCUAAAACUAGAAGCUGUUCACUCUCCAGAGGCAUUCGAGAUGAUUCAGAGUCACUUAUCUCUGGUACUAGGAGAUCGGCUUGUGGGUCCUCUUCAAACAAUUGUUCAGAUUAGUAAAAUUAAACUGGGAAAGUUUUAUGCUGCUUCCAUAAUGUACGGAUACUUUCUCAAACGAGUCGAUGAACGGUUUCAACUUGAGAGGUCCAUGGGAACCCUCCCCAAGGAUUUCGGAAAAGCUAAAAGUUUUGAUGAACCAUCGCCGGGUAUCAAGCUCUGGGAUCCUGAUUCCUUGAUCACAGUUCAAGAUUAUGAUGACGAUAGUUACAAUGACAGUGAUUACAUGAAUAAUGAUGAAGGCAAAUCUUUCAAACUGAGAGCUUAUGUAAUGCAGUUGGAUGGAGAGACGCUUCAGAGACUUGCUACUGUACGAUCAAAGGAAGCUAUAUCAUUGAUUGAAAAGCAAACUCAGGCCCUGUUUGGAAGGCCCGAUAUCCGUGUCUCCGACGAUGGUUCAAUUGAAACCUCCAGUGAUGAAUUGUUUUCACUCACAUUCUCGGGCUUGACCAUGCUAGUUCUGGAGGCUGUUGCUUUUGGAUCAUUCCUGUGGGACAAGGAAAACUAUGUUGAAUCCAAGUAUCCUUUUCUUAAUAACUAGACUAGAUGACUGUACUCCUAGAUAAUUUUUACUGCACCUUUUAGAAUGUAAAUGUAACGCAUGGAACCUGGUCGUCAAAGAAUUGCUUGCUAUGUUUCAAAAUAUUAUAGAGCCCAAGAAAAAACCGCAUGUGAGUGGAGGUACAUAGGAAAAUGUAUAUUGAUCCAAUAGGCAGGAUAAUAAUCUACGGAAGCGUGGACUUGUAAAUGAUAUAGAAUCUCAACCAAGUGAAUUUUCAUAUUUGCUUUUUAA